GAUGCUGGAUGGUCAGCUAUUCUCCGAGGGGCCUGAUAGCCCCCGGGAGCUUCAGGAUGAGGAGUCUAGCAGCUGCCUCUGGGUGCAGAAAUCUAAGCUGCUGGUUAUCGAAGUGAAGACUAUUUCCUGUCAUUAUAGUCGCCGCGCCCCUCCUCGACAGCUCAUGGACUUCCAAGCCAGCCACUGGGCCCGCUGGCCCCAGAGUCGCACGUGUGGGCCGCGCCCGGGAUCCCCUGAGCCACCGCCCCGCCGGCCCUGGGCCUCCAGGGUGCUGCAGGAGGCGACCAACUGGCGGGCGGGGCCCCCGGCCGAGGCCCGAGCCCGGGAGCAAGAGAAAAGGAAAGCGGCGUCGCAGGAGCGGGAGGCCAAGGAGACCGAGCGAAAAAGGCGCAAGGCUGGUGGGGCCCGAAGGAGUCCCCCUGGUCGGCCCCGCCCGGAGCCUCGGAACGCCCCUCGGGUGGCCCAACUUGCGGGGCUCCCAGCUCCCUCACGGCCCGAGCGCCUGGGGUCAGUGGGGCGCCCGUCCCGUCCAUCCGCUCCGUCUGCGCAACCGCAGAGCAACCCUGGGGCGGCGUGGGCGGGGCCCUGGGGAGGUAGGCGGCCAGGGCCCCCCAGCUACGAGGCUCACCUGCUGCUGAGAGGCGCUGCCGGGAUGGCCCCGCGACGCCGCUGGGACCGGCCGCCACCCUACGUGGCUCCACCUUCUUACGAAGGCCCCCACAGGACCCUGGGGACUAAGCGAGGCGCCGAGCCCUCGCGGGCGCCCGCCUCUUCAGCCCCUGCUCCGGCCAGGACCGAGGGAGUGUGCACAAAGAAGAGGCUAGAUCCUCGGAUCUACAGGGACGUCCUCGGAGCCUGGGGUCUCCGUCAGGGACGGGGUCUUCUGGGGGGAUCCCCAGGCUGUGGAACAGGCAGGCCAAGGCUGGAGUCCGGUAAGGGGGCCGCGGAGAAAAGCCUGAGGCCGGCUGCUGCUGGCCUGAAGAGUGGUAGCGACCGCCAUCCCCAAGCCAAAGCUGCCGGGAGCCCAGGCGCGGAGACACUUCCUGCAGGGUCUGCAACUGCGACUCCCAGCCCCCCGCGUCCGGCUCCCAGGUCCAGGCCCCAUCCCAAGGGCUCCGGGGAAGGGAGAGAAGGUAGAGAACAGAGCUGGCUCCCCAAAUGCUGGAUUCCCUCCGUGAAAAAACAGCUGCCCCGACACAGCCAGACCCUCCCCAGACCCUGGGCGCCAGGAGGCACGGGAUGGAGAGAGUCCCUGGGCCACAGAGAGGAGGCAGGACCCGAGACCUUGGAGGGCUGGAAGGCGACCCGCCGUCCCCACACCCUGCCCCGAAGUUCCCGGGGCCGGGCUCGUGGGGAAGGCGUCUUUGUCAUUGACGCCACUUGCGUAGUGAUACGGUCGCAGUAUGUUCCCACCCCUCGAACCCAGCAUGUGCAGCUUUUGCCCGCAGGGGUGCCGCGCGCUGUGGAGGACGCCCCCAGCCCACCGAAGUCCAAUAAGGAGGAGGGCGAGGGGGCCACGGUCUUUCCCUCCCCUAGCCAGAAGCUGCCCUUAAGCAGUCGCCCUUCACACCAGCCGGGUGGGGGACGUGGGCUCGAAGCUGAGGGCGGGAAGCCCGCGGACUCCUCAUUGGAGGAGCGCGCCUCCCGUAUCUUAGGGCUCCCGGUCGGCGAAGUAAACCUGCAGGACCCCCCGACGCAGCCAGGUAGCCCAGAGCACUCAGCCUUAGGCCCAGCACCUUCGGGAGGCGCGGGCGGUGCCGAGCGCUCGGAGGAAGUGGCUGCCGUCCCGCGGCGGGCUGGCCGGGGCUGGGCGCGGACCCCGGGGCCCUACACCGGGGCCCUGCGGGAAGCCGUGUCCCGCAUCCGCCGCCACACCGCCCCGGACUCCGACUCGGACGAAGCUGCGGAGCUUAGCGUCCAUAGCGGCUCUUCUGAUGGAAGCGACACAGAAGCCUCGGGCGCCUCCUGGCGGAGUGAGCGGACCGGGCCCCGGGAAGGCGGGAAGACAGCAGAGCUGAGCGACAAUGUCAGAGGGAUUCUAGAUGUCAUCAGCCGAACCGAGGAGGUCCUCUUCGGGGCUGGGGAUAACAAGGGGACCCCACAGGGAAAUAGAGAGCGACAGUGAGAGGCCCUUUAUUGUAUUUGUGUCCCCUUUCUUCCUCUCAGUCUUCCUUGUACCUCUUACCUAUACCCGUUCCCAUACUCGAAAUAGAAGGCACACAGAUAAAAGAAAAGGGAGCAUAUGGCAAUGCAUAAUUUUUUUUUCAGAAGAGGUGAGGGUGAGCAGUAGACUUUAAUGCCUGCUCCAUUCAGGGCACUCGGAUAAGGUCUUUAGCAGGGGCAGAUGCUGUAGGUGUGGAGCUGAGCAGAGAGGCCUAGCCAGGAUCAGGCAGGAGGGCAGGGAUGGGAUAGUCAUGGGAGGGCAGGCAACUUCAGGGCAGGGCCUCUGGGCAGGAGGGAGAAAGUGAUGGAGAGGCUUUGGACUGAGGUGACCAGGGGACAGAGAGGCCCUUAGCAGAAGAGCAAGUGUUCUUGGCAGAAGCCACUAGCAAAGCAGGAAGAGGGCUCACUUCGGUGUCACAAAUCUUGGGUUCCAAUCCCAACUCUGACACUGAUUUGCUGGGUGACCUUAGGCAAAUCACUUCCCCUCUCUAGGCCCUGUAAUGUGUAAAAUGGAGCGACUUGUAAGGUCUAUCCUUGAUGUUUUGGAGUCUUGGGGAGGCUUCUAUCUCAUCCUCCCCUUCAUAAACCAGGAAGGACAGUUGGAAAUAAGUGAAGAGUCUGAGGGUCCCUGAGUGUCUUCAUUGUCACCUUGUACUCAUUCUCACUUCAGGAGACUAUGUAGGGUUUGCAAAAGAGCUGAGUAAGUGGACAAGGGCUCCUAUUCCAGUAUCUCAGGCUUAGGUGAAGGAUCCCCAUGGCAGGGCAGGAUGGUGGCCUUCUCACUUGUCCCUGGCUUGUGGUGGUCUGAGCUGGGGAGGGAAGGCACCCAGUGAAUCAGCUUGGGACCUCUUUAGGCCUUCCCCUUUUCCUCCUCCCCAAUGUUCCUUGGUGAUGCUCUGAAUAGUUACCAUGAGUUCCCACCCAGGUGGUAUCACCCGUCUGAAAGAACCCUGAGAAUUUCUUGCAUGUCUGCCUCUUCCAGAAACCAGCCCAGGAAGGAAGAGGGAGGCUGGUCCCAAAAAGCCUGUAGGUGUGGGGUGUGAUACUCGCUGUAGCCACUACGGGGCGCGCGCAGGUCGCGGAUUUCCCUGGUAGCUAGUCCGCGAGUCCCUCCAUCCCCAACACUGCUGGUUAGUUAAUCAAUGGAUCCCUAAUUACUGCGCGCAGGUCCCCCGCCUUGCCGACCCCAGCCGGGCGAGAUCGGGAGCAGGCUUCUGGCCUUGCAGACCUCUGGAGCGCGCCGAGCCCCUCUUUGUACUCAUCCUCGCUAAACAGCUUGGGACCCAGACAUUGAAGUAUUUUUUUUCUCUCCGAUCUCGGACACCUCCUCUGUCUCUAUUUACUAGCCAUGUGAACUUGGCCAAAUCGCUUCACCUCCCUGAGCCUCAGUUUCCUCAUCUGUCAAAUGGGGGUUGAUAAACACCUACCUCGCAGGGUUGUUGUGAGGAUUUAAUGCGAUAAUGUAUGUAAAGCGCCUUGCACAGUGCCUGGUACACAGUAGGCGCUCAAUAAAUCUAAGCUUCCCUUUGUCCAA